UUGUUGGGUUAAAAAGGCUGUCCUACCUACCCUUCCGGCACAGAAUUAUGUAUUCAUCUUACUGAUGAGAAAUAGAAGAAGUUUGUCAGGAAAAUGUGUUUAUUUGAUGCCAGUCCACUGGUUCUAAAUUUCAUCGUCUACACCGCUUCAUGGACUACUGGAAUAGCACCACGACUGGAAAGCUGCACCUGGCAUUUGGGGAGUUUAAAGGAGAAUCCAACCUCACCCCUUGUUGACAGGGUUGAAUUAAAUGACUCAGAGCGUGAUAUGCAUGCACUGAAAAGGAUGUGCUGCAGGCCUGUACCUCUGCCUAUUACAUUUGUAUUACGGGUGUAUGCGGGGGGCUGGUAGAUCUGACCCCAAUCUGAAAUCCUUUUUUAAGGGAAGUGUCACGUCUCCGGCUGAACAUCAAGAGAGAAAUGGAAUUUGAACUCUUCAGAUCGGAAUGGUUUCAUAACCUGUCAAGUAUACUGAAGUCGGCCAACUCGUUAACAAUAGUUGUCUUUUUUUUUUUCCAACAAACUUCUUACCUGCAAUUCGAUUUUGCCUCUGACAACGUAAUUGCACUCGAACCUAACCAUUCCUGGAAGUAUGAAUUCAGAUGUUCUUUAUUUUCUUCACUUGAAUUUUAAUUGCGUUUCAUAAUGCUAGGAGUUUGGGCUGUUGUAGGAAUACCAUGCCUUUUGAGACGAUUCCGUGAUUAAAAGGCACUUAAAUGUAGUCGACAUAAUGUGGAGGAAGUAAUAUACUUGAACUGUACACCGGUGUAAAAGUAAAAUUAUUUGGAGGGUAUUCUUUAUUUUGAACAUUCAGCUUCCAGCCAAUAGUGGGCGUACCUAGUCCUGUUAAACCUUGAACCGACGCUACUCCACUUCAGUAGUAACGCAAACAUGGCGUCAAGUGUCUUCAGGACCGGGCUGUUUAACAAUAAAGUUGCGAUCGUUACAGGCGGAGGGACCGGCAUCGGUAAAGCAAUCACAGCGGAACUUCUCCAGCUUGGCUGUAAUGUGGUCAUCUCUAGUAGAAAAUUGGAGCGGUUGGAGGCAGCAGCAGAAGAACUGAAGAAAAGCAUCCCGACACAGAGUCCUGCUUCGGUCACUGCCGUACCAUGCAACAUCCGCAACGAGGAUGAGGUAAAGUCUCUGGUGUCGGCUGUACUGAAGCAGCAUGGAAGGAUAGACUAUCUUGUUAACAACGGAGGAGGGCAGUUUAGCAGCCCUGUAGAGACCAUGUCCGCCAAGGGAUGGAAGGCCGUUAUAGACACCAACCUGACCGGGACCUUCCAUUGCUGUAAAGAAGUUUACAUGGCCUGGAUGAAAGACAAUGGAGGGGUCAUCGUCAACAUCAUCGCUGACAUGUGGAAGGGCUUCCCUGGAAUGGCUCACACAGGGGCGGCGCGGGCGGCGGUGGACAACCUCACGAAGAGCCUGGCCAUUGAGUGGGCGCACUCUGGGGUCAGGGUGAACGCUGUGGCGCCUGGGACCAUUUUUUCCAAGACGGCGAUGGAGAACUACAAGGACUAUGGACCAAGUCUUUUUAAGAUGUCUGUCCCCUUCAUCCCUGCAAAGCGGCUCGGAGUACCAGAAGAAAUCUCCCCGGCCGUGUGCUUCCUUCUCUCCCCCGCCGCCUCCUUCAUCUCUGGGGACACUCUGAGAGUGGACGCGGGCCAAAGCCUGUACCGCUCCAUGUGGGAGAUACCUGAUCACAGUGCAUGGCCCGACGCUCCAGAGGGGGAGAACUGGGAGGCUCUCUGCAACCUGCUAAAGCCUUCUAAAAGCAAACUCUAACUCACUGACCCCUUAUUCCAUGGGCCCUCAUUUGGUGGAUAAUCACCAUAUCAGUUGGUGCAGUGCACUGGGUAUGCUUGUAUGUUUAUCUUCCGCAACAUACGUCUGGGUGGACACUUCCACUUGUGAUGUCCCUAAUGGGUACCGAUCAACAUUGUGGUAAAAGAUUUUAUUAAUAAAACUUGAAAUCAGCAGAGCAGAACGGAAGAAGACUAACAUGGUGGACCUGAAGGGAGAGAUGGCAACUCACAUGAACAAUUGUAAUAUAUUUAAUUUAUAUGGUUUGUAUGUAAUUUAGACUAUGAUCAAUGAUUACAAUUCAAUAAAAGUUUGA